CUGACCAGUGCAGUGAAUACUGUAGGUUCUUCGCUAUACAAAAGUGUUUCUUGAUGCUCCUCAACAAGCUUCUCGCCACUGCACUGCAGGAAACAGUCCACUAUGCCACUUAUUAAAAUUUGGAGUGGCGAUGAAGUGGUGAAAAAGGUGGCCUAUGCUACCACUUUAGCAGAGGUGCUUGUUCAGGCAAAAGAAAAAGGAGUCUGCAGUUCUCCAAAUGCAAAGGUUUUCUUGAGAGACUGGACUCAGUUAGAUGAAGACAUCUUCAAGGACUUAUUGGAAGAGCUUCCACUUGAAGAGAGGGUAUUCAUUGUGACAGAAGUAAUUCCACCAAUUCCAGUUGACCAGGCUGUUCCUUGCAGCUCUGGGCUAGGUGAUCUAGUGGAAACCUUCCACAGUGCAGACACUCAAUUUAAGCUUGAAAUUGAUAGAUUGCCACAAAGCGUGCAGACAGCUCUGGAAGCUGACGGACCCAUUCCUCCAACAGAGAGGAGGGAAUUGGUGAGGUCCACAGUUGACCAGCUAACAAAAUUCUGUUCGAGGCCAAGGCAGGAACUCAUCAAGUCUGUAGCUUCAGCCAUUGUGCUGAAAUUUCCAGCGCACUGCAAGACAAGGCAAUAG